CCCAGGGGGCGUGGCGCGAAACAGCCACCGGUCGGCGUCGCCGGCGCCCGCCCCCUCAAAGCCCGAUCCACGGGCCACGGCACGCAGGGUGCUCGACGUCGACGCCACGCGACGCUUCCAUCGAUCGAUCGAUCGGUCCCCCCACAUCUCCCCGGCUUUUUCCACGGCACGGGGCUCUCCCUGCCCCCCGCCUGCUGCUCUGCUGCUUCUCUCUCUCUCUCUCUCUCUCUCUCUCUCUCUCUCUCUCUCUCUCUCUCUCUCUCUCUUUCCCCAGCGCGACCCCCACCCCACAUCCCGCGGCGCGGCCAGAGCCGCCGGCCAUGGUCGGCGCCGGCGACGCGGCGGCGGUGCGCGCCGAGGAGUCCGUCUCUGGGGGCGUCGACGUCUGGAGCGACGCCGUCUCCUCCCACGCCCCGGACCACCUCCUCGUCAUGGUCCACGGCAUCCUCGGCAGCACUGCUGAUUGGCAGUAUGGAGCUAAUGAAUUUGUAAAGCAACUACCUGAUGAUGUAAUUGUGCACUGUAGUGAAAAAAAUGCAUCAAUGCUGACUCUAGAUGGAGUUGACGUCAUGGGGGAACGCUUAGCUGAUGAGGUGCUUGAUGUAAUUAGUCGGAGGCCAGAACUCUCCAAAAUUUCUUUUCUUGCACACUCCGUUGGAGGACUAGCCGCAAGAUAUGCAAUCGCAAAACUUUACAGACACCCAAACGCCAGAUCUGAUGGAAAUACUAAAGGAACCAUCUGCGGGUUGGAAGCAAUUAACUUUAUUACUGUAGCAACACCUCACCUUGGUUCACGAGGAAACAAACAGGUCCCCCUCCUGUUUGGAUCCCUUGCAAUGGAAAAGGUUGCUUGCCGGGUUGUCCAUUGGAUAUUUAGGAGAACUGGUAAACAUCUCUUUCUAACUGACGAUGAUGAAGGGCAGCCACCACUGCUUCAGCGUAUGGUUGAAGAUCACGGCGAUCUCUACUUUAUAUCUGCUUUGCGAGCAUUUAAGCGGCGAGUUGUGUACGCAAAUGCUGACUGUGAUCAUAUUGUUGGCUGGCGAACAUCAUCUAUUAGGAGAAACACUGAGCUGCCUGAGUUGGCAGUAUCGUCAUCUGAGAAGUACCCCCACAUUGUACAUGAGGAGUACUCAGAAGGAACUGAUGACGAGAAGUGCCAAGAUUCCAUGACAGACUGUAAUUUGGACAUUCUUGAAGAGAAAAUGGUGACGGGGCUUCGGAGAGUCUCGUGGGAGAAGGUGGAUGUGAGCUUCCACUCGAGCAUGACGAGCUUCGCGGCGCACAGCAUCAUUCAGGUGAAGUACGCGUUCAUGAAUGAUGGCGCUGACGUGAUUCAGCACAUUAUAGACAAAUUCCAACUCUGAGGAGAAUUCCCCCCAACCAAUGCAGAGGAAGUUUUUUUCCCCCAUUGGCACGCUGUCCGUACGCCUGGUGGCUUGCUGGUCCAAGAGCGGACCUGCUGAGCCUACCAAAGCCUGGUCGCCUCACCAUAGUAUAAAUGUGUAUCGUGUAAGGAUGUGUUGAAACUGUACAUAGUAGCAGUACCCACGAGGGAAAAAAAAGGAAGGUAAUUGAACGGUGCGUGUACAAUUUUCUUUUUGGAUGUAAGAACAGUAGUACAUGUGCGUCAUGGCAGCUGAGAAAGAUGAGAAUGGUAUCUUCCAUGGUUGCUGCUGCA